AUGGUUGCAGACGACGAAGGACAUCUUUCUAUAAUUGACUUCGAUAAGGAAAAAUUCAGAGGCCACAAGUUACAAAUGAAAGCUAAGCAUGAGUGGCUAGAAAGUCUAUUAGAUGGGCGAAGCGCUUGGAAACGUGUUAUCCUAAUCCAAGUCACAGUCAGACAAGCGGAUGCACAGGCCGUAAAACUAUUUCGGCCCGAACUUGUACCUGUCGUCACCACCUCAUCCCGAACUGCGAUGGCGCUUCCAUCUGAGCUCAUCUCCCAUAUUCUCUUUGAACUCUGGUCCACCCAAUCAUCCACUAAUGAAUACAUUCAAACUUUCUCAGCCUGCUCCCUUGUAUCCAAACAAUGGUCCGCCAUCAUCAAGGAGAUUAAUUCCACCCACUUGGUCACCUCCUUAUUCUAUAGCGGAGGUUAUCUGUAUACCAUCCCAUCAAUGUCAUCAAUGCCUCACCCGCUACUUUGCCGCACAAUAACGUUCAAAGUAGACUGCAUGCUCAAGCCAGAUGAUGUUCAGUAUGCAAAAUGCAACCCCUCAAUCACAGCUAAUAGGGGGACAGAAUCGGUCCUUCGAAGGCUAUUUAAUGGUCCUGUUACGCCUCCAGAUGGGAUUCAUAUCUACGUAUACUAUCUCGACGAUCCUCAGGUCCACAUUCCCCGCUUCUGGCUUCCUCUACAGACCACCCGGCUGACGAUUGUAUACCACUAUCGGUGGUGGGUAUUCAUCACUCUACCACGUCCCCUUCAUUGGACAGAAUUCCAGUCCCGCGUCAUGUUUGGCGAACGGGAGCUCCAUCAGUUUUUGCUUCAUGGGCCAGAUCCUGGCCCGGGCUUAUAUCCUGACUACGUCAAGCGGUAUAUUCCCAUGUUUGAACAGAGCAUUCCUCUGGGCUCUGUGGGAUAUAUUCAUCCAUUCUCUAAGAAGUUUAUCGUAUUGUUCAAUGCCAUUGAUCCGGCGUCCUCAGCGGAACCACGAAUCAAUCGGAUCCCUUCUCUCCUCAAGGACGGUCACAUAAAAGUUACCACAAACCCAAAAUAUUCCCCCUCGCUGGCAUGGGACUAUGAAUACAAAAAGUCAGACAUCCUUCACAAGCUUGGAGCUUGGACGAAGGGAAGAUCUCUUGGUCUUGGCCGUGCCAUUUGCCGGGAACUUGUAGGAGACCAAUUUGGUGACUGGUUGUCCGAGCACCGACAGACAAUUACGGAUGUGUUCGGAGAUCAUCAUCCUUAUAUUUGCAACCACCUGGAACUUGUUACAACCACCGUAGACUCUUCGCAAUAUGUUUGGUUUAUCGUUCUUGUCCGAACUUUCGGCUCAUCCGGAGACCUUCUCUACUUUCAAGUCGACCCUCAGGCGUCGCGUAACCCUGGACACCCUUGGGGGAGGAUUAAGCCUCUUGAUCAUCGUGAACCCGAGUUACUCUCCUGGGACCACGUCUCUACUGUGGGACAGUUGCCGAUGACUGUGCAGAUUCGUUGCCAUUUUAUCUCGUAG